GAAUCAAAUGCGUACAGCUAUUUAAUCUGUGAACACAGUAUGAGAGAAAAGUUCCAAUCAUUGAUUAUCUAUGGUAUCAAAUAACAAUCUACGAGGGUGCUGUAUUAAGUUCAAGUGUGUCUAAUCACAACAUUUUAACCGUUCGUAUCAUCGUCUCCCACCGAUAGGUAUCGUAAGUUGUUUCCAAAUGGCAUUGAAGCAUAAGACCGCCGUAGUGUUAGGUGGACAUGGUGGAAUUGGGACCGAGAUAGGAAAACAUCUUCUCAAAAAUGGAAUCUCGAAAUUAUUCAUUUUAGAUAUCGUGCCAAUCCUGGAUAGCGAGAAGAGAGCAGAAAUGCAAGCCUGCAACAUAGACGCGAUUAUUUUCUACGAGCAAUGUGAUAUCACGAAGAAGGAACAAAUGUCCAAAUUGCUCCGCUCGAAAGUAGUAGAGAAGCUCAAUUUCAUAGAUGUUUUCGUGAAUUCGGCCGGGAUUGUGAACGAACAGAACCCGGAGGCUGUGGUUGCCAUUAAUUUGGUAGGAGCAAUUAAUAGUUCACUGAUCGCGUUAGAUCUGAUGUCACUGGACAAUUCUGGUCUUGGAGGAUACAUAAUCAACGUCGCCUCAAUCGCUGGUCUCGAGCCUUUUCCUUAUUGCUCCGUUUACACCGCAACGAAGCAUGGCAUUGUAGGGUUCACCCGGAGCUUGGGGAUAGACACAGUACUGGUCAAAACGGGCGUCAAGUUCAUAACAAUUUGCCCAGGGGCAACCGAAACGUCUCUUUUCCAAAAAUCGCGUAACGUUUAUCUGUUUCCAUGGAUGGAGGAACCGGGACGAAAGCUGAUGCGACAAAUUCCGCUGCAAAAUCCGGGCAUCGUUGGGGAGUGCGUAAUACGAGCUCUCGUUGAAGGAGAAACCGGAUCGGUGUGGAUAUGUGUCGGAGGAAGGAUUGAAAGGGUAACUUCGCCCUCGAUGUGGAACGAGAAAAUGUUAUUGAAUAUCGAACCCUGAUUCAGGGAGGUAGAUAUAUCUGAAGUUAAUUGAAGCAUUCGUGAAAUGGCUGUCUCAAAGAUGAAUUGCAGACCAUUCUGCCAGGUUUACUGCUUUAAUUUAUUCUCGAUGCAUCCAGUGUUUGAAUAUACAUUGUACUUGUAACGAAAUAGAUGAAUGCGUAUAAAUG